AUGCGCUCCACGCAUGGACUGACAAAGCCCUCAGAGGAUAAUUUUUCCGACGCUGGUAGUGGUGCAGGCGACAUAACCCACGGCACACCACCCACAGACAAAGCAUCCAAAAACCAGCUCAAUGGUACACUUCGCGACGAGGUUGAGAAGGGGUCUUCCCGCGCGCAAAGCGAAGGCAGCGAAGGGAGCGAAACCAGUGAUGACGACGAAGGCGAAGAUUUAUACGUUGUAGAAGGAAUACAAGGCCAUCGCACGAGGAAAGGCAUCGUAGAGUAUCUCAUCAAAUGGGUUGGGUACGACGAAGCCGAGAACACAUGGGAGCCUCAGGAAAAUCUUCUGCCGCAUGCACGAAAGGUGCUGCAAGAUUACCAUGACACCAUCGGCGGGGCUCCAAGCGCAAAUACUGUCAAGAGAACGAAAUCCAAACAGGCACUGAAAUCCGAAGCAUCACAAGACCAACCGCAACGAAAAAAGCAGAAGAGAAGCUCCGCGUCUAACGAACAAGACUGGACUCCGUCCGGCAAGGACUGGGAGCCUCAAGUGGACAAGAUCGACACCGUUGAGCGCAACGCGUCCGGGACGCUUAUGGCAUACAUUCUUUUUAAGAAUGGCAAAAAGUCAAAAGUCACCAUGGACAAGGUCUACCAGCACUGUCCUAGGCCUAUGCUCAGAUUUUAUGAGGCCCAUCUCAAGUUCAAGCAAGUUCCUAACCUGCACCUUUUGCAUGUCCUAAAGCUAACAUCUACGGCUAGUUGA